GCAAUAAUAUUGCGCAAUGUACGAAUUGCCGGUGUGUGGCGCUUAUUGACUGAAUAGCUGAAUGUCAGUCUGAAGCAACGACCUCCAUUCAACCUUUCGGCUGCCAAUUCGCCACUUUGCAGAGCUCACAGUGAAAACUAAAGUUGAAACUGCAGUCUCUUUCACCACACCAAAUCAAAACAAAUCUACAACAAAAUGACCACCUACUUCAACUACCCAUCCAAGGAAUUGCAAGAGGAGCUUAGCCGCAUUGCGCGCGCUAUUGUCGCUCCCGGCAAGGGCAUUCUCGCUGCUGAUGAGUCCGUCUCCACCAUGGGCAAGCGUCUGCAAGACAUUGGUGUUGAAAAUACCGAUGAACACCGUCGCUUAUACCGUCAGCUGUUGUUCUCCACUGACCCCAAAGUCGCUGAGAACAUUUCUGGUGUGAUUUUGUUCCACGAAACCUUGUACCAGAAGGCUGAUGAUGGCACCCCAUUCGUUGAGCUGUUGAAGAAGCGCGGCAUCAUCCCCGGCAUUAAGGUCGAUAAGGGUGUCGUGCCAUUGUUCGGCUCUGAAGACGAGUGCACCACUCAGGGUUUGGAUGAUUUGGCUGCCCGUUGCGCCCAAUACAAGAAGGACGGUUGCGACUUCGCCAAGUGGCGUUGCGUCUUGAAGAUCGGCAAGAACACCCCAUCUUACCAAUCCAUCUUGGAGAACGCCAACGUUUUGGCUCGUUAUGCCUCCAUCUGCCAAUCGCAGCGCAUUGUACCAAUCGUUGAACCCGAAGUAUUGCCCGAUGGUGAUCACGAUUUGGAUCGCGCACAAAAGGUUACCGAAACUGUAUUGGCUGCCGUAUACAAGGCAUUGAACGAUCAUCAUGUCUACUUGGAGGGUACAUUGUUGAAGCCCAACAUGGUGACAGCCGGUCAAUCGUGCGCCAAGAAAUACACACCCGAUCAAGUUGCGCUCGCCACCGUCGAAGCUCUCCGCAGAACUGUACCAGCUGCUGUUCCCGGCAUCACCUUCUUGUCUGGUGGUCAAUCUGAGGAAGAGGCUUCCGUGCACUUGAACGCCAUCAACAACGUGCCAUUGUUGAAACCAUGGGCUUUGACCUUCUCGUACGGUCGUGCCUUGCAGGCUUCCGUUUUGCGCGCAUGGGCUGGUAAGAAGGACAAUGUUGCCGCUGGUCAAAAUGAGCUCUUGAAACGCGCGAAGGCUAACGGUGAAUCCGCUGUAGGCAAAUACGUUGCCGGCAGUGUGGUCGGUGCCGGUGCUGAUGCCGCACUCUUCAUUGCCAACCAUGCUUACUAAACAAAAAACAACAACAACAAGUAAAAGCAUGAAGUAGUGGGAGCGCUGAGCUUGCCGUAAGCGAGGGAGGAUUUGCUAAGUAGCACUAGAACUAGAGAGGAAAUACAGGCUUACGUAAAAUAGUGUCGAGAUGGAUUAUUGUUUGCAAUUUAUUUAUUAAGCAGAAAGUGACGCAGAUACAAAACAUAAAAGAAAUAUUAAAAAAAACAACAAAUAUCCUACUAUAAAUUAGUAGUAGGAACACCAAAGCCGGAGGAACAACAACAACAACAAAUAAGAGUGUAAUACCAAAAAUGAAAGCAUAGACAAAAAAUUUACACCAUGCUGCCUCUUCCUCCCCACCAGAUUGUUAUACAUUUUUAAACGAUAAGUGAAGAUGAACCAAAAAUGCAGAAAAAAACUAAAAUCCAAACGCAACAAUGCAUGUAACAGUAACAAUAACAACAAAUCUGCGCAAAUAAUUUGUUAAGUUUGUUUUACUGCUUUCGGAGAGGCUGGCCUGGCGAGGCGAUUUGGCGGCACACACUCUGCUGACCACGGCGGCGGACGCGCACACAACCUAAGCGACAAAAGAACAACAACAACAAUACAAAAAUACUAUUUGCGGUUACACUAAACAAAUUUAUUAUCAUUAUAUAUAUGUUUAAGUAAAAAAAAAGAAGAAAAAAUACAAGUUGAAAGUUAAAACAAAUUUAGACAAGAUGAGAUGAGAAAAAAAAACAGAAAAAAAUAAAUAAAAAUACAUAAAAUAUUAAAAAAAAACAAUGCAUGUGC